AUGCUCGAGAAGGCUCUCCUCACACACAAUGGCACCCUCCACGUCGCCAAGUUGAUCCACAGUUACUUCCGCCGCUUGCCAAAGAAAAGCAAAUCGCAAGCCUUGCCAGCCCUGCUUGAGUUCGCCGACCGGGUCAUCGAAGAUAUCCGGAGCGGUGCCGUUCCGCCACAUACUGUCGCAAGCCUACAUUUGCUGUCUUUUCUCAAAGAAGCUGGACGGUUUGAGCGGGGGGCCGAGUUUUGGGAUUGGCUCAAGCGAAAGGGCAACGAUUUUGUGGAUGCUGCUGUCUACGGAGCUGCAAUCGAGCUGCUGGCGGCACAGGGCAAAGUCGGGCUGGCUGAACUGGAGGCUAUGUACGUUGAAGCUCUCCGUCGCUUCCCAGGAAAUUUCGCCGAGUACCAUCUUUCACCGGAAGCUAUAGUGCCGGACCGCGGCCAGCCCGUCACGAUCAAAGGACUCCCCACUUCAUUGCUGCAGGGCAUCUCAUUCGCGAGAAUAACCUGGGGGGAUUGGCGAAAUGCAUACCUUGGAUUCGAUACAGCAUUGCGCCUAUUUCCAACCCAGGUCCCAGAGCGCUUUUUCGAGAUUUUCAUACACGAGAGGCCACUCGCCGAGUCAUACACGGUUUUCAUGAUGGCCUGUCGGUCUGGCGUUGUCCUGAGGCCAGAACAUUUGACUGUUGUCUUGAGCAAGUUGGUCGACAGCCAGUUUCGUGCUUCUCUAAAGGACAAGAUUUUGGCCGUCAAGGGAAUGUUGAACGCUAUACACGCUUACGCCGGUGUUGGCGGCUCCAUUGGAGGGCACUAUCUCAGUACGCUUGUUAAAGGCUUUGAAGGCCUGCUUCCAGGAGUUUUCCCGCAGGAAAAUGUAGCCAGCCAAACCGGCAGCCAGCUCGUUGGUAACACUGCACGCGAAACCGUGCUGACCAUGUCGCAAGCCGGUGUCCCGUUCACCUUGUCGACUGCUUCUAGCCUGGCGGGCCUUGCAGGGAAAGCGCGACUGCCUGAGCUCCUCGGCCAAACAAUCCAGGACAUUUCCGCCUCGGGCCUGGAACCAAACGAAGUAACGCAUAGAUCUUUGGUCCUAGCGGCUGGUCAGAUCAAGCAUCUUGAGUUACUUGAGCUGAGCUGGAAGAGGCUUGUGGAAUCAGCCGAGACAUCUGGGAGACAGCUGGACCUGCGAGACUGGCAAGCGUUGGGGCGCGCAAGCAUCAACGCUGGUCACAUCAACUUCUUGCGAGAGCAGACUUUAUCGCUCAGCCACGCUAUAACAGAUGAGAUAAAACAUUUGAUCGAGCACGAAGUAGCCAAGGAACAACCAACAGCCACGCGUGGACAGGGGUUCACGGAAGCCGACUAUGCUCUCGUUGCCGCCGCGAUAGCAGAAAUCAAGUCUCAGGUUGAGUCAAUUUCUGCGCUCAUAACCUCGGGCAAGUUCCUCAAUUUCUACGAACAUGAUCUUCCUACGUCAUUGGUUGCUAGACCAGCAAUAGGAUCAAACAUGGCGUUGCACACGGUAUACGAUGAACUCACGACAGACCCUCGUCUUCCUACGACGGAUCAGCCACCUCAACCAGUGACGAAGACUGCUUCUGGCUACCCCCUGGACGCCUUGCGGUACGCAAACUGGGUAUCCAUCAACGAGCUUCUUCUCGACGCUGAAGCACGCGAACAAGAGCGUGAGCGGAGGACGAACAAGGCUCUCAAAACCCAGGGUUCAUCGAGAUUGGAAGCGACCGCCCGAAACUUUCCGCGCUCUAGGCUCUCACCACAUAGAACUUUACGGGAUCAGGAUAAAACUCUCGUUGAGGACGACACGGCUCGACACGAUGCCGGCCAUGGUGGAGCUGGUGCUGAUGAGCUUGGGCCUGUGAGACAGAAGAUACGCCGGCUGAGGGCGCUUCAGGAUCACCCACACUUCGCAAUAGACCCCUGA